AUGUCUUCCCCAGCCGUCUAUGUUUCGGAAAACGAAGAUGACAGUCAAGGAAUCCCUGUUCCCAGAGGGGAUGAAGUCUUCACCCAAAGGGGAGACAAAUUUGGUCCGCAUUUCAGGUCUCAGUCGACCUCCGCUUCCCUUGGCGCUCUUCGCCGCCUUUGUAACAUCCCCCAGGAAAUUGAAUUCUCUCUUCCUAGACCCAACGAGUCUCCGGAAGUGGUGCGAGAGGGUUACUGUUGUGCGUACGAAGUCUAUUUCAAAGGUUGUGGUUUGUUUUUUCCCGUUCCGGAAGUUCUUCUUUUAUACCUCCUCCACCUAGGGAUUGCCUUUCCCCAAAUGGCUCCCAACUUUCUUCGAUACGUUCUGAGUACCCUGACUGUUUCGGCAGAAGCACGGUUUUCCCUCUCCACCAGCGAACUCUUAGGGCUAUUUCGAGCCCGUGAAUCCACAGUAGCGGGUAUUUUCUCUAUAAACCAUAUCCUUGAUCGUAACCUGAUCGACGGAAUGCCCUCGAAUGAUGGGCCUUGGAGGAAAUACUGGUUCUUUUUCCGAGUCAAUCCCCAUUCCGUUCAAGGUCUUUCUGGUCUUCUUCUCGCCAAUUGGUCGGCUAAACUUGGGAACCAGACGAUCCCCCGCCCAACCGUUGACUUUUUGUCCUUCUUUCGAAUCGUUUCCGAGGGUGAAACAAAUUGGAAUUCCUUCACCCUUCAACGCAUUCAUAAAGCGGGGCUCGCCAUUAAAGACGGUCAGACUCACCCCCUCGAUCCUCCUCCCGAGGAGAAAGACGUCUCGAGCCUGAAUGCCCGAGAUAAAAGAAAGAUGCAGGCUGAAAUCAAGGCUCUUAAUGAUCAGCUAUCCGAAAUCGGGAGAAAGAAACGGAUAGCUGCAAUCUCCAGGAUUAGUAACUUCCACAGGAAGACCCUCUUGGUUGAUGACGGUUCAUUAGAAGCAGCCCUGUCAGCCGCGGUGGAUGCUCAUGGAGCCGAGAUUCUUAACAACCCUCCAGUUGCCACCGCAAUUUGCCCUUCUGAACCAAGAUGUGAGGGAGAAAUAACCUCCUCUCCUUGUACAAAGAGGAAGGCUCCAGAUUCCGAUAAUCUAUCAAAUGAGAGACUUAAAACCGUGAGAUUAAGUUCUCCCCCACGAGUCUCUAGCCCUCUACGUUCUGUUUCUCCCUCUUCAGAACUUUUAAACUCCGAACUCCCUCUUCUGGGAGACAGAGUAAUUUCAGAGGAAAUAGAUGAACCGAGAUCGGAGGCUCCCCUAUCUCAAGGACUGAGUGUUAGGACUCAAAAUCCUUUACCCGCUUCGAUUUCAGGCGGAGAAGAGAUUGGAGACAUCUUCCGAAGUUUCCAAACCAGGGAAGGGGCGUUCCUUCCUCCUUUUUCGGCGUUUAUGGAGACUAAUGGAAUGAUCUUCCAUUAUGAGAACCUUCUUCAUCAAGCGAAGAGAGAGACCGCAAAAGCUAAGAAAGAGGUUGAUGAUCUCAGAUUAGCCAACCAAUCCGAGCGACUUGAGCGGGAAAAAGCACUCGAGUCAUCUAGAGCCAACGAGCAACGCAUCAGAAUUGCGAAUGCUGAAAGAGAUUCUGCGAGGUCUAAUGCUCUUCGCUUGGAGGCUGAGCUAGAGGAGAAUAUGGCUUUGUUCGAAGAAGCAAAUCAAGAGAUCGAGCUUUUAACUAGGAACAGGGCUCGCGAUAUCGCUGAAGCCGAACAUAAUGCUCGAGAAGAGAUGAGGGGAUUCGGUAGGCAACUUAUUCAAUCUGUUACGAAGUUCAUCAAGGACGAAGAGGUCUUGACUAAACUUCUAACAGAUCGAGCUGAACUGAAGAGCAAUCUAGACCUGAUUAAGGAACUAGAGGCUGGGAGAGUUUCGUUCGAGAACGAGAGGAGCGAAGUUGCUGCCGAACUCGCUAUGGUUGAGUUCGAGUUAUCCUCAGCUUCCCAUCCUACUCUCGAUCUGAAAAAAUUUUCUUUGGUAUUUGGAGAUUCCCCAUCUCAAUUCGAGGUAGGUGAAGGUUCUCGGCCACAUGAGGAUUCUCCAGAGGUGUAG